CCACAGGUGCCAGGGUCUCGAUUACUCCUUCUUCAUCGACCGUCAUGCAGUUCCGCGUUCACGAUUACGGACUAGAAAAUUGUUCCAUCCAAAGCGUGAUUCCCGCAAUGGACCGCAUGGGCGACAAAACGUUCACUUCUGCUAGAACGACUUCCAUGGUUGAAGUCUGGCACCUCGUCGACGACGAGCUGGAACCAAUGACCCUUUCCUGGAACCAGCGGCCUGCGAGAAGGUCUCUCUUCGCACGGCUGAAUAUAACGGUGGGCCAAAGGGGCACAACGCCUUUUUUCCCCUGUCGAACUGCGGAAUUGCAAACGUUCGAGUUCGCUUGUGAACUAGGCGCGUCCGAGGAUGACUGUUGGAUAGACUUUGUCCAGGAUCGGGGGUCCCCGCUGCUUGCUAUUCAGAUGUUCCAGCACGCAGGAUUCGCAUCAUAGCCAACACGAAA